AUGAGCAAACAAUCAAACUUCACAAAGAAUAUACUAGGGAACAAUAUAAACCAGCAGCAGCAACCACUUCACUUACCUAGACAGACAGGACCAGUACCGCUGAAACCUCAACCACCCCAACUGCAGCAACAACCUCUGCAGCCACAACCUCAACCUCAACAACAUCAACAACAACACAGCAGCACCAGCAAUGUCGUCUCAAAUUCUAUUGUUGCGAACAAGUUGGGAAAUCUUCGACCUGCUUUAGGCCCACCAUCAUUGGCAAAGACACAAACUGGCACGUUGGCUCUCAAGAGUGGACCACCAACACUCAAACCAUCUAUUACCGCUCCACUGAAGCCACAGCCUCAACUUCAUCCUCCCCCUCAGCCACAAUAUCAACAACCACAACAUCAACUUCAUCAACAGCAGCCACAGCAACAUCAACAACAGAAUAAUCAAUCACAGGCAGAUCCCGCCGCAUUCCUAUUGACACCUUCAUUCAAAACUACACCAAACAUAACGACGACGACUACUAGUGCACCGCCUGCGCCUCAAACUUUUUCCUCAACAACUUCAUCGUCAACAUCACACGCACCCGCAACAACAAUGGGCAUUUCUACGUAUCAGAAUCAGUUCAAGUCAUUGAACAACAACUUCAACAACAGCUUCAACAACAGCUUUAACAACACAAGUAGUAGCAUCCAAAUCCCUGUACAUACCACCAAGCCGCCACAGCAACAGCAACAACAACAACAACAACAGCAGCAUCAGAAUCAGCAACAACAACAACAUCAGAAGAAUAUAUCGCUCCAGCCACAGGCGAGAUCAUUGCCUUCACUCAAACCACAACUGAUACACCAAGGCAACACGGCACUACAUAUGCCCCCGCCAACGAUUGUACCGCUUCAGCGAGCCACGUCACACCACGCGCAACAGCAGCCACAACAGACCUUCCAGCAACCCAUCACUCUGUUGCCACCUCCAGACGCAAUACCCGAAGAAAUCAUGGACUUUAGCAUGGACCAAGAUGACUUGAUGAUGUCGGACUUUGGUGUUGUCGGCGACGGCGGAGGCAAGACCGACGAUGUUGUACUGGCGCUAACAAAUGGUGGCAAAAGCGAUACCAGAAUGGUCAGCGAGGAGAGGAUGAAUGAUAUGUUGAAGCAGAAGGAGCUUGAGAUGAAGGACUUGCAGGACAAGCUGCUGAGUCUUCAGGACAAGCUGAUCAAUCUCACCAAUCAAGUGGGCGAUCAGAACAACAUCAUAUACGAGCGCGAAAGGGCCAUUGAGAAGGUCACCCAGCAGUUGAAGGCUGCCACGGCUGCUGCCGACAAGUCGACGUCAACAACAACAACAACAACAGACAAGCGACAGCGAGACUCUGUUGAUCUUACUUCAACUGAAGUCAAGAAGAAGGUCAAGCUGGAUUCUGCAACAUCGAAUGGCCACAACAACAAUGAGGCGGACUCCACAGCAGCAGCAUCUGCACACUCAUCAUCAAGUUUAAGUGCUGGUGUGUUCACAUUUGAGAAAUCACCAACUGCAACUCAGAACGCGAGGACAUUGGCCAAGCUGCUCUCCAGUCUGGAUGGGCAGCCCAGCUUGCUCUUCUUGGUUCCACCAAAUGUUGGCCAGAAGAUGAUGCAACCCAUUUUGAUGCCGCUCUCUCACUCAAACAGUCUGUCAUCAUCGUCAGCUUCAUCAUCAUUGCCCUUCAAGUUGCCUCCCCCUCUGAACCUCUCAACCAACUCAUCAUCAAUGUCACAGCGCAAUGUAUCCAAGCGAUCACAACACUCACAGAGGACAACAACUCACAAUGCCAACAACAACAAUAACAAUAAUAACAACAAUAACAAUAACAAUAACAACAACGAUCAGCAACAACAACAGCCAGAGAUAAUAGACUUGGACUCACCUCAAAGGGCACAUGGACAUGGUUCAAAGAUGUCAUUGCCAUCACCAAAGAGUGAUGAUCUAAUGGAGAUUGAUUCAUGUCAGUCCACAUCAUCAUCGUUGAUACUCGAUCAGGCUGGAGACGAGUUGGCACAAUCACUGUUCUUCAUCCAGACAUCACAACAACCUUGCAGUCUGCUACUAUUCAAACUUCUUCCAUUCCUCAAGGUCUCAGAUAAUCAUUUCUUCUUCAUUGACAAGGCACUUGAUGUCAUACUCACUUUGUUGACAACAUGCCGCGAGUGUAGAGAUCAGUUCACAAUGGGCAGCAACAACAACAUUGGCCAACACAAUCACAACAACAACAAUAACAAUAACAACAAUAUGGCGAACAAUGCCAACGCCAACAAGUCGCCGCUCUCACUCAAGACCAAUGGUGAUGGUCAAUCAAUCACAAUUUACCCAGUCACCCAUGUCAAGAGCAGUCGCAUCUUCUCCUUGGCUCCAACAGUCGCGCAACCAGUCACCAACGUCAACUCCAACAAUAACAACAACGCCAACACCAACAACAACAAUACAAUCACCAACAACAGUACCAGUACCAGCACCUCUGGCGACCUUUACAAUCAAUCAAACAGUUGUGAGAUACUGUCCUACUUGCUGAACAAUCUUACACGCUUCCAGACACACUUGUCCAUUCUCACCAAGGUGUUUAGAGUGUUUGCAUUCACCGCCACUAUCAACACCAUCGAGAACAAGUCCAACACAAGCUUCGCGCCACUUUACCAACAAUCGAUCAUAACGAGCAUAUUCUCAAUGUCCAACUUUGCAUUGAAAGAGGCAUACCUGUGCGCCAUCGAGGCCACCAUCACUGAUCAAACACUCUUUGAACUUGCCCAACUACACUUCAAAGACAGUGUCGAGCAUGAACAUGAACGCAAUCUCUUGGACAGGAUAAUCAUCCUGUUGAUAUCUCAUAAGCAUGGUGACAGGAAUAAUAUCCGUCGACUAUGGUUCCUGGCAGUUAGGAUACUGAGCAAGGCUGUGGCCAAUCACAACAACUGUCACGUUUUGAUACGUGCACUAUUGUUACAAGCAGCCGUUCUAUUAUACAAUGCAGAGUUCAAGAUAUUAAUCAAGGAUUUUGGAAAGGAUAUUGGAUCUAAUGUUGGAACAAACUCAAUCACAAACUCAACCACAAACUCAAACUCCAACUCCAACAACAAUACCAACAAUACCAAUGACAGUGUACAACUGGUAAAGGAGGUGUUGAAGUUGUUGCUGUAUGUUUGGUGUCGUUCGUCUGAGGAGCCACCACUCAAGAUUGAGCGAGAGCUGGACAUACUGCGGUACAUCACUGCCAAAGUGUCCAAGUACCAACAUCUCUCCCAACUCAAAGAGAUCAUGGAGUUGUCCGAACGACUGAUCGAGACCCUCGAGUUUGUCCUGCCCCAUGCCGACGAAUCAUUCACAUCGACCUCCUCUGCGUCCAACUCACACUCAACAGCCUGA